UGAAGUUUUCUAACUUGCUCUGGUUGCUCAAAUUCUUCAAGACACUUCCACAGCUAUGAAUGCUUCAUUCUCUAAGGCUCAAUACAAUAAUAUCUCUGCCUCUUAUGUCAAAGAGACAGGGUGCUAUGAUGUUGCAGAGAGUCAAAUCAGAUGAUUGCAGCAUUGUGAGCUAUUUCUAUAUUCUGAUAUUCAAUCCAGAACUCAAGUUUAUCAAGAUGAGUUUUACCUUCUUGAUAAACACGAUGAGGUACUGUGUAUUCCAGUUUUUCUACAGCACAAUGUAACAAUCUCUGUUCAUCCUGAGAACGGAAGAUUCUAUUCUCACUUGAGCUUUGCUGUCUUGUUUCAUGUUGAUAUUUUGAUGUUUCUGUCUGAGGCCUGAGAACAAUGAUCUUUGUUGCACCCCAGUAUCAAGCCCUAGUUCCUAGUUUUUGGAUUCUACAAAUGGUUUACUGAUUUCAUAUUUCAGAUUUCGCACAAGAUGAAUACUUUCUUACUGGUUUUUUGCUUUUAUUCCUGUGUUGGAUGGAAGAAAUUCACAAGGUUUAGAACUCACCGAUCGAUCAUCUCGGUCCCUAUUUGCAAUGAUCAAAACAUCGGUUUCUUCCGCCCGAUGUGGAAGACUUUUGCCGGACACCUCCUUUCGGCCAUACCCAGCCCUUCAUAGCAAUUGAUAUGUAUUUCCAGAAGCUCCCUUGCCUAUGAAGGUCUUUAUUGAAAGUCAUCUUCCUAAGUACUAGGCUAUUACACCAAAUCUUCACAAGUGAGAAAACAUUUCCUCCCUAAAACUACAUUGCUACCGUUUCAGUUUGAUAAUCAUGGACUCAAGCUCCAACGACUCUCCCGACGUCGAGAAUACCGUUCAAUCGACUUGCCACACAGCCCUGCCUCAAACAGAAGCACUGAGUCACCGAUCGUGAGUGCUUGUUCGUCUCCACAACAGAGCCGCAUUUUAACACCUGCCAGUACCUGUGAAACCCCAGGGGAUGCUGAUAGAGAUCAGCAACCAGCAACUCUGCCAGUCUCAAAACCCUGGCUGUGGAAAUGCCCCAGGUGUUACAGAAAGUUCUUCCUUGAGAUGACUAAUUGCUGUCUCUACAAUGAGUGCUAUUUCUGUCCUAGUUUCAAAUUGAAGAGUGAUAGACAAUGCUGCAAGUAUAAAGAGCAAAACUGGAAAAAUUGCGCAGGUAUCUUCGAUUAUACCGGCUGGAAAAAUAUGAGGGCUUGGCAGCAACAACGGAGGCAGGGACAAGGUGCAGAGAAGGAGUGGGAAUCUGGGUGCAUGAAUGACUGUGGAAGCGUGAAAACCCAGUAUCCACUCCGCCUCUCAUGGCUGAACAGGUACCUCCAGAAAAGAAGUUGGGUAUACACAUAUACAUUGGUCCUGCCAGUCCCCCCACCCAAUGAUAACAGCUACUCCCUUUCCUCUUCUCGUCAAGGCGGAUGCAAAGGAUAAAGUUCGAGCCGACUCAAAGCGAGCACGGUCAGACACAACUUUUUUCUUUUCUUUCCUUUUCUUUUUUUCUUUCUUUCUUUCUUUUUCUCUCUUUUUCUCUCUCUUUCUUUUUGAAUCUUUAAACAAUUUCCUUUAUCGUCAA